AUGAGUGCUAGCAAUAGGGUCUCAUCAUUUGCCACUCUAGGUUGGUUUCUCUUGGGGCUUUCUCUGGGUAGAGUGGGGACUGGUCUUCUCAUCCUCAUUGUCUCUCCCUUUCCACUCUCAGCACCCUUUUCUUUGGACAAUUCUUUCUUAAAUGUCCAACCUUUUCACAUUGCCAACACUUUCGCCAUUUACAGUUGGCUGAAAAAUUUCCAGCUACACCGUACGUCCAGUACCUCAGAGGGCUUAUUUUUAUUGGGGCCACCCUGCCUCUUAUUUCUCUACGGGGGUCACAAUGUCGUUUCCCGAACGCUUAUCCUUCUUCUCGCACCAUCUCAAAGUCUGUCAACCCGUAUACUAGCUGUUUCUUUUGGACAGCUAUCAUCCAAACGUGGAAUUCAGUCGGGUUGCCUCAGUAGUCAGCUGAAGACCUCCUCUAAAAAGAAGGCCCCUCCCUCCACACCCUCUGACCCAUCACAUUCUUCUCAGCACCUCUUAGUAGAGAGAACUUACCUGCCACUCCAUCCACAUCCACAUUUUUUCCCAUCCCUCAACCCCUCUCACCCAACUCUCAGAAAUUCUCUCCGGGCUCUCUCUCUCUCUCUCUCUCUUCCGUUCGCCUCUUCCUUUCUUUUCCUCCCGUUUCUUCCUCUUUCUCUUUCUCUCUCUCUUCCGUCUGCCGCUUUUUAA